AUGAGUUCAAAUGCUGACGAUUUUACUCUCCCAAAAGCUACCAUUCAAAAGCUAAUCAAAGAACACCUCGGAGACUCCAUUCGAUGUGCAACCGACACUCGGGAUUUAAUUGUCGAGUGCUGUGUUGAAUUUGUACAAAUGAUCGCAGCAGAAGCAAAUACAAUUUGCGAACAACAAGAAAGAAAAACAAUUGCCGGAGAACACGUAAUUGAAGCAUUACAAAAACUAGGAUAUGGAGAAUACAUACAAUCAGUGAAUGAGGCUCACGCCCAAUUUAAAACAGAGAGUGCCAGACAUUCUAAACACUCAGACAAGUUGAAAAAUUCUGGAAAAACUCAAGAAGAACUCAUCAGCGAGCAACAUAAAUUAAUUGCAGAGUCCCGAGCAAGACAAUACGGAAAUGUUCAAACACCAACAACAGCCAUGUCUGGAUUUAAUACGGCCAAUGCAUUUCCGAAUUCGAGUACUCCAAUUGGUCAACCUCAACAACAAUACUAUCAAGCCACACCAAUGAUUCCUCCACCACUUUAUAACGCAGUACGAGGAGAAGUCAUACCAUCGGCAUCCACUCUGCUUGAAUAA